AUGCCGCCCAAGAAUAAAUACACCGAUCCGAAACUUCGGGAGGAAGUCAAAGAAGACAUCAAACAGUCCGAUAAGGGUGGUGCACCAGGGCAAUGGUCUGCGCGAAAGGCUCAAAUGAUGGCAAAAGAAUACAAGAACCGAGGUGGAGAGUACAACACCCCGAAGAAGGAUCAGGACGAGUCACAGAAACAUCUCAGCAAGUGGGGUGAGGAAGAAUGGCAAACCAAGGAAGGAAGCGCGAACGCGAAGCAGCAGGACGGUACGCAGAAGAGGUAUCUUCCAAAGAAGGCAUGGGAGGAGUUGAGUGAGGGAGAGAAGGAGAGGACGGAUAACAAGAAGCAGGAAGGAAGUAAGGAAGGAAAGCAGUAUGUGCAAAACACCUCUCGGGCUAAGAGUGCCAGAAAACAUGCGAAUGAAGACGAGGAUGAAAAAUUCGAGAAGAAUAAGGAGAAGGAUAAGGAGAAGGAUAAGGAGAAGGAGAAGGAGCAUCAACAGGGUUCGCGAGAGCAGAGCAAGGAUAAGGACAAGAUGCAGAGUCAAGGGAACCAGCGAGAGACUCGAAGCCAAACUAAGAAGAAGGAGGGAGCAGAAAGGUCACACGCAUCGCCCAGAAUGCAGAAGGAGCAACCCCAACAGAAGCAGAAGGAGCAGCCCAAAGAGAAGGAGCAGCCCUCUCACAGUAAAAGCAGCCACAAACGCGGCCGAAGUCAAACCGAGACGACAAACUCAACAUCUGAGUCGCAGGCUGUUGGAAAGAGCGACGAUGGAUCCAAGAAACCAAAGUCGAGGAAAAAAGACACUUGA